AUGGCUGACAAAGUAGCUGUCGUGACAGGCUCAAAUAAAGGCAUAGGAUAUGCUACAGUCCGAGAACUGUGCAAACGAGGUGUGGGAUCUGUAUACCUAACAGCAAGGAAUAUACAAAAAGGCCAAGAAGCAAUUAAAAAUUUAAAAAAAGAAGGUUUUAAUCCUCUCUUCCAUCAACUCGAUGUAACGGAUAAGGACAGUGUAAAGGUAUUUGCAGAUUUUUUGAAACGAAAGCAUAGUGGUUUGGAUAUUCUUAUUAAUAAUGCUGGAGUCAUAACUUCAAAUUUCACCGAGACUACAUAUGAAGAUUCGGUACGUGUGCUUAACACUAAUUACUACGGUGAGGUAACUAUGCAAAAUUAUAUGUUUCCAAUUUUGAAUGACAAUGCUCGAGUUAUAAACAUAUCUAGUGAUUCUGGUCAUAUUUCUAAUCUAAAAAACACCUACUGGAUCAAUCGACUUACCAAAGAAGACAUUAAAGUGGAAGACAUAAAUGCAUUUGUGGAUUGGUUUUUGGAUUCUGUUAAGAAUGGCACUCUCAAUGAAGAAGAUUUUGAGGAAAUGCCUCUUUUAGCGUAUAUAAUUUCGAAGAUUGCUCUCUGUGCUUUGACAAGAGUCCAACAAAAGGAAGUGGGACGAGGUAUAUCAGUAAAUUCCUUAAAUCCAGGGUACGUCAAGACCGAUAUGACAAAUAAUACCGGUUACUUAACUAUGGAAGAAGCAAGUGAUGCCCCUGUUUAUUUAGCUCUGGAUGUUGACCAAUCUGUUAAGGGAAAAUUUUUCUGGUUUGAUAAAACCGAAAAAGAGUGGGCAGACCCGAAUCAAAAGUUAUUUAUACCUUACGCGGAUAUGGAAAGACUACUAAAUCUAAUUUAA